CUGAGCCACCCAGGGACCCCCCUGUUUUUGUUUAAGUACUCUUACAUCCAACUUGGGGCUUGAACUCCCGGCUCCAAGAUAAAGAGUCACAUGCUGGGAUCCCUGGGAUGGCUCAGCAGCAGUUGAGGGCCUGCCUUCGGCCCAGGGCAUAAUCCUGGAGUCCCGGGAUUGAGUCCCACGUUGGGCUCCCCGCAUGGAGCCUACUUCUCUCUCUACCUGUGUCUCUGCCUCUCUCUCUCUCACUGUCUGUCAUGAAUGAAUAAAUAAAAUCUUUAAAAAAAAAAAAGUCAAUAGGCUGUGAUUUGAACUCCUCCUGCUGGAGUUGUAAUGUGCAGGAGCCCUCAUCCCAAGUGGCUUCUUUGAAUUCCUUUUUGCAUAUUUAUUACCUCUUUAAUCUUUGAGAUAUUUUUGACCAGUCUUUAUUAUUAAAUGGAUAGAUCUAACUUUUACCUAAAAUAAAGCCGGUUUUUACUGUUAAUAGCUAAUAUGUUUAUCGUUUAGUGGUUGUCAGAUUUGUGCUCAUCAUUUCAAAAUUGUUUUUAAAUGCUUGAAACAAUCCUUUGGAGUAGAUGUUUUAAUCACUAUUGAUAAAAAAAAAAACUGAGGGUUGAGGGGUAUAUCUCCUUUUCCUCCUGAGCUCUUCGUAUUCCUUAAAAUAAGGUUAGGUAAAUGGGCAAAAUGCCAUACUAGGUGAGAAAUUCAUUUAUUUUAUAUUUAUUUAUUUGUUUGUUUUUUUAUUUAUUUAUUCAUGAGAGACACAGAGAGAGGCAGAGACUCAGACAGAGGGAGAAGCAGGCUCCAUGCAGGGGGCCCGACAUGGGACUCGAUCCCAGGUUUCUAGGACCAGGCUCUGGGCUGAAGGCGGUGCUAAACCACUGAACCACACAGGCAUCCCAAGUUAAAUUUUUUAAAAAAGAAUUUAAAGACACUUGGGUGGCAUAGUUAGUUGGUUAAGUACCCAUCUCUUGGUUUUGGCUUAGGUCAGGAGAUUGAGCCUGGCGUCAGCACAGAAUUUGCUUAAGACUCUUCCUCAUUAAAAAAAAAAAAAAAAGACUCUCUUCCUCUCCCUCUCCUGCCCCCACCCCCGACAGGCACAUGUUCUCCCUCUUUCUCCAAAAUAAAUAAAUAUUUUUUAGAAAAGAAUUUAUAUUGGUCCUAGAAGUUCAUAUAUACCAUUUCUAUGGAAAGCUUUAUUUUUACAUUCUAAUUUUCAAAUUGCAAAUCUUCCAAACACUACAGGACAGUUUGGUAGCAGCCUACAUUUGAAUGAAGUGGGAAGAUUAUUAGGGGAUGCUGAAAAGUGGCUGGUGAAGUAGAGAAAAGAUUCAGUUUCCCCCCUUAACCUUGUCACCAUUUCUGUCAUCUUUUAAAAAUUCCUAUUAUAAAGAGUAAUGAACAGGUUUUUAAUAAUAAAGGGAAGGUAAAUGUUAAAUCUAAAAUAAGUAGAAGUUUUUGCUUACAAGAAAUCUUCGUGUUUUGUUUUGUUUUGCUUUGUUUAUUCACGAGAGACAGAGAAAGAGACCUAGGCAGAGGGAAACGCAGGCUCCCUACUGGGAACCUGAUGUGGGACUCCAUCCCGGGACCCCAGGAUCACACCCUGAGCCAAAGGCAGACGCUCAACCACUGAGCCACCCAGAUAACAGAUGAAAUGGAUUUGUAACUCAAAUGGAUUGAGAUGUGGUCAGGAGGAAAGAGAAGCAUUUACAGCUCUGAUGGAAGGCAAAAUCAAUAAACAGCUGAAGAAAGUUCUGAAGAAAAUAGUAAAAGAAGCCCAUGAGCCCCUGGCUGUAGCUGAUGCUAAACUAGGAGGGGUCAUAAAGGAAAAGCUGAAUCUCAGUUGUAUCCAUAGUCCUGUUGUUAAUGAACUUAUGAGAGGAAUCCGUUCCCAGAUGGACGGAUUAAUCCCUGGGGUAGAACCACGUGAAAUGGCAGCUAUGUGUCUUGGUUUGGCACACAGCUUGUCCCGAUAUAGAUUGAAAUUUAGUGCUGAUAAAGUGGACACCAUGAUUGUUCAGGCAAUUUCCUUGUUAGAUGACUUAGACAAAGAGCUAAACAACUACAUUAUGCGGUGUAGAGAAUGGUAUGGCUGGCAUUUCCCUGAAUUAGGAAAAAUUAUUUCAGAUAACCUGACAUACUGCAAGUGUUUACAGAAAGUCGGCGAUAGGAAGAAUUAUGCCUCAGCCAAACUUUCUGAAUUACUGCCAGAGGAAGUUGAAGCAGAAGUGAAAGCAGCUGCAGAGAUCUCCAUGGGAACAGAGGUUUCAGAAGAGGAUAUUUGCAACAUUUUGCAUCUCUGCACUCAGGUAAUUGAAAUUUCAGAAUAUAGAACUCAGCUCUAUGAAUAUCUACAAAAUCGAAUGAUGGCCAUUGCACCGAAUGUUACAGUCAUGGUUGGGGAAUUAGUGGGAGCACGGCUCAUUGCUCAUGCAGGUUCUCUUUUGAAUUUGGCCAAACAUGCAGCUUCUACAGUUCAAAUUCUUGGAGCAGAAAAGGCACUCUUCAGAGCCCUCAAGUCUAGACGAGAUACCCCAAAGUAUGGUCUCAUUUAUCAUGCUUCACUUGUAGGCCAGACAAGUCCCAAACACAAAGGAAAGAUUUCUCGAAUGCUGGCUGCCAAAACUGUUUUGGCUAUCCGGUACGAUGCUUUUGGUGAAGAUUCCAGUUCUGCAAUGGGAGUUGAGAACAGAGCCAAAUUAGAGGCCAGGUUGAGGACCUUGGAAGAUAGAGGGAUAAGGAAAAUAAGUGGAACAGGAAAAGCAUUAGCAAAAACAGAAAAAUACGAACAUAAAAGUGAAGUGAAGACUUAUGAUCCUUCUGGUGACUCCACACUGCCAACCUGUUCUAAAAAACGCAAGAUCGAACAGGUGGAUAAAGAAGAUGAAAUUAUCGAAAAGAAGGCCAAAAAAGCCAAGAUUAAAAUUAAAGUUGAAGAAGCCCCAGCAGCAACAGAAGAAGAAGAAGAGGAAGAAGAAGGAGAAGGAGUACUAGUGGUGGAAGAACCGGAGACGUCUGUGAAGAAGAAGAAAAAGAAGGACAAAAAGAAACACAUUAAGGAAGAACCACUUUCUGAGGAAGAACCUUGUACCAGCACAGCAAUUGCGAGUCCAGAGAAAAAGAAGAAAAAGAAAAAAAAGAGAGAUACUGAGGACUAAUUGAAGGGAACCAUCUUGGAAUGAAUCAUCUGAAUACAUCACACUUAGGAUUCAGUCAGAAUGUAUCAGAGAUGUCCCCUAAUUUGAGGGAAAGUUGGAUGAAACAGUUAUUAAUCAUUUAUACCUUUUCAGACCUAUUCGUGUCUUGACAUCAAUUCUGUUAAACUUGAUUGUGUCAUCAUUUCUUAGAGUCUUUGUUACACAAAUAAAAAUAUUUUCUUUGUAUUUUAA